CUCCUCGCGGCUUCAGAUUGCUCGCACGCGCGGUGAGAUUCUGACUAUCCGCCAGUGACGACUUUUCUUUUUGUGUCUGUCGGACUUCAGGUCGUUCAUUACUAGUCCUGGGAAGAAUCUGCGAGCGAGGGGCUGAGAGGAAGAGAGCGAGAGAGAGAGAAAGAGAGAGAAAGAGAGAGAAUCGGAACAUUUUUUUGAGCGAGUUUGCUUCUCUUGUCGCUUGGAGAAGACGAGAAUGAAGACGCCGACAGUCCUGGCGCGUGUGAUCGGCGUGGCGCUCGCGCUGUCGGCUGCAGUCGUCUCCAGGAAAGUGAACAAACACAAGCCAUGGAUUGAGACGUCAUAUCGUGGUGUAAUCACUGAGAACACAGACGUGGUUCUGCUUGACCCCCCUCUGGUGGCACUGGACAAGGAUGCACCUGUCCCAUAUGCAGGGGAGAUUUGCGCAUUUGGAGUCCAUGGUUCAGACGCUCCAUUCGAGGCUGUGGUCCUGAACAGGACGUCUGGAGAAGGCCAGCUGCGGGCGCGAAGCCCCAUCGACUGUGAGCGCCAGAGAGAGUACACAUUCACCAUCCAAGCACAUGAUUGUGGAUCAGGUCCCGGAGGCAUCGGAGCAAAGAAAUCACACAAGGCGGUGGUACACGUGCAGGUUGGCGAUGUGAACGAGUUCUCCCCUAUGUUUAGCAGUGCUGUGUAUUCAGGCUCUGUGCAGGAGGGCAGAGUAUGUGACAGCAUCCUGCAGGUCGACGCCACAGACCGAGACUGUUCGCCUCAAUACAGCCAGAUCUGCAACUACCAGAUCAUCACAGAGAAAGCGCCAUUUGCUAUCGACCGCAACGGCAACAUCAGGAACACGGAGAGCCUGAGCUUUGACACCCAGCCACACUAUGAGAUCAGUGUGACAGCUUUUGACUGUGGGCAGAAGAGAGCGACACGGAGUGCGACUGUACACAUUCACGUCAAACCCAUCUGCAAACCCGGCUGGCAAGGCUGGAGUAAACGUGUGGACUAUGAGCCAGGUAUGGGUAGUAAACCACUAUUUCCCAAGAUGCACCUGGAGACGUGUGAGGGCACGGUGUCUUCGGUCAGGACCACUGUUGAGCUACAGACUGGUCAUAUUGGGAAAGGCUGCGAUCGAGAGACCUACUCAGAGAAAUCUCUGCAGAAACUCUGUGGAGCUUCUUCAGGCAGCACUGACCUUCUCCCCGCCCCCAGUGCCGCUUUUAAUUGGACGAUGUCACUGCUGACAGAUGGCGGGCGCGACAGUGAGCUCAUAUUCCGAUUUGAUGGACGACAGGCGGCAAAGAUUCCUGACUGGGUGGCACCACAGAACUUGACGGAUCAGUUCACCAUAGCAACAUGGAUGAAGCACGGGCCGAGCCCUGGACUGAGAGGGGAGAAAGAGACACUGCUCUGUAACUCAGAUAAAACAGAGAUGAACAGACAUCAUUACUCUCUGUAUGUGCACAACUGCAGACUGGUGUUCCUGUUGAGGAGGGAUUACACCCAGAGCUCCUCGUUCAGACCGGCCGAGUUUCACUGGAAACUGGAACAGAUCUGUGAUAAGGAGUGGCAUUACUAUGUCAUUAAUGUCGAGUUUCCUGUGGUGACGCUGUAUGUGGAUGGCGUGACCUAUGACCCCUAUCUUGUGACGGACGACUGGCCGAUCCACUCGUCUCAGAUCGACGUACAGCUCACCGUCGGAGCCUGCUGGCAAGGAGGCGAGGUAUCUAAAGCCAGGUUCACACAGUAUUUCCGUGGGAGUCUGUCAGGUCUGACGGUGAGGCCGGGAAAGAUUGAGAGUCAGAAGGUGAUUUCCUGCCUGCAGGCCUGCAAAGAGGGACUAGACAUCACUUCUCUGGAGAGCAUGGACAAGGGCUUAAAGUUCCACUUUAACCCGGCACAGUCGGUGCUGGUGAUAGAGGGUGAAGAUCUGGAGCAGGUCAACGCAGCGCUGAGGAAAGUCUCCUACAUCAACUCGCGCCAGUUCCCCACGGCCGGAGCGCGCCGCAUCCACAUCUCCACCACAGUACAGUGUUUCGGAGAGGACGUGUGCAUCUCUGUUCCUGAUAUCGACGCAGUCGUCAUGGUAAUGCAACCAAGUGAACCACGAAUCACAAUAACAGGAGCAGAGCAUCUCAGCAUCCCCGCCUCUGACCUUGUCCUCGGCCUGUCAUUGUUCAGGGAUUUGCAUAUCAGCAGCACCGUCAUGAAGAGCGACCAAACCUCACACAACACAGUGCACAGGUCAGGCAUGUUAGAAGAAAUCGUCCAUAAUCUCGACUACUGUGACAUCCUGGUGUUAGGGGAGGAGUUAAGGGAGGGGUUAGAGACCCUCCAGCUGCCGCACAGUGCACUACUGGGAAAACACUUGGACUAUACCAACUCGACAUCCGGCAUGUCCAUUUAUGGUGUGGACUCCAUGGUUCACUAUGCGCAGGUCAUCAGGCAAGUGCUGUACCAGAACCUGCUGAAUGAUGUGUCAGCAAGAACGUUCAGAGUGACCUGCUCCGAACUCAAUGGACGAUACACCAGCAAUCCAUUUACACAGCAGGUUAAUAUUCUUCACAGAGAACAGCCUGUCAAGCAUAUCAGUCACAUGAUGGCUCAACCCAAAUCCAUGCAAUUUAGUCAUCAUCCAAUCACAGCCUUCAACACCCAGAGCUCUGAUGUGUCCAGUGUAGUGAUAGUGGUGUGCGUUGCUGUUCUGAUGGUGGUGGUAGUCUCGGUUAUCUACCAGCUUUACCUCAAACACGUCCAGGAGGUCCCAGAUGCACACACGCAAUUAAAGGAAGAGAAGGACUUGGAUCUCUCUGCCCUAACCAUUACUGUGAACCCAUUGGAGAGCUUUGAGGAGCUGCAGCCAGCAGAAGAAUUAACCGAAGAAGAAGUGGAGGAUGAGGAGGAGGAGGAGGAUGAUGAUGACAUCACUAGCAGUGAAUCAGACAGUGAUGAAGAAGAAGCUCCAAUUCCCAGCAUGCAACCACAUCCAGAAAUGCUGAGCAAGCUACACUGGCCAAAGGCAUCAUUGCACUGCUGAGAACACCUUCAUACACAUACAUCACACACACACAUACACACAUACACACACACACCUGUGCAUUUGCAGGAUGCCUUCAUGCAGAAACAAGAAUAAAAGUGAUCCACUGAGAACAAUUUUCCAAGACUGUAACACAGUCAAAAGAGCAGACUCCUGAUUGGCCAUGAUGUAGAAAACUGUGAAGGGGACACCAACCAUUAUUUCAGGUGGUUUAAAACAAGUUUCUCAUCAGAGAGCUACAAUAUGUACUAUAUGCCCAAAAGUAUGUGGACGCCUGUUCAUCACAUCCUUAUGUGGUUCUUCGCCAAACUGUUGCCACAAAGUUGGAAACACACAAUUGUAUAAAAUGUCUUUGUAUGCUAUAGCAUUAAGAUUUCCCUUCACUGGAACUAAGGGGCCCAGACCUGUUCCAGCAUGACAAUGCCCCUGUGCACAAAGCAAUGUUACUGAAGACAUGGUGGAAUAACUCGAGUGGCCUGCACAGAGCCCUGACCUCAACCCCACUGAACACCUUUGGAAUGAACUGGAGCACUGACUGUAUGCUAGUCCUUCUCUCUUGAUAUCAGUGCCUGAUCUCACUGAUGCUCUUGUGGUAGAAUGGGCAAAUCCCCACAACCACGCUCCAAAAUCUAGUGGAAAGCCUUCCCAGAAGAUUGAAGUUUGUUAUAACAGCAAAGGGGGACUAAAUCUGGAAUGGGACGUUCAGCAAGCACAUAUGGGUGUGAUUGGUUAGGUGUCCAUAUACUUUUGGUUAUACAGUGUAGUCUUAGACACAUCUGUACAUCACUAACCAUUUCAGGUGAUAAAGUUAUGACAUCAUUUUCCUACAAUGCAAUGCUUACAUUUUUAUCCAAUUCUUGUAAAAAUCAAUGAGUCUCAAUGAAUCAUGUCUAGAUUAAGUUAAUUUAAAUCAUCAUUGUAGUGUUGUAGGUAUAUUGACCGAUCUGUUAUGUAUUACAAACUACAGAGCAAAUAUAAGGCUGGAGCGUAAUGUCAUUAUCUAAUGUCAUUAUUCAUCAUAUACCAGGGAACAGAUCAGGUGUGUGUGGCAGUCUGGGAAAAGCAGUCAGAUGUUGCGCUGGCUGAAUUCUGGAAAACACCCCAAAAUGAUGAAAAAUCGGGUGAAGUAUUUCUGCCAAUAAUAUACUUUGACAUAUCUGCUUUAAGAAAACGAAUACAUUUUUCUAACAUUGCCUUGGCUGUCUGCCUGCAGAGAAAACGAUCCAGUUUGACAAAUGCAGUGGUUUGACUAAGUUGUUUUAUAGCUACAUGCUAUAGCGAAAUGGACAUAAGCCUAAUCAAUUCAGUUUGUAAUCUGAUACCGGCUGUCAAAUUGUCCCUUAUGCUCCUGCACCAUCACAUCAUCAUCAAAACAAAGAAGAGCGCUUACAUGCACUGUACGAAAUGGUUAAAUGACCUAAUAAAAAGACAUUCAUGAAAGGAAAUUUAGCCAACAGAAGUGACUGAAUUAUUCAGUGAUUAUUUCCUCUCUGUUACAGUGAACAGAGAUCCGUCGAGUGAACAGAAGACGAUGAGGCUUGUGUUUAAAUGGCACGAGUGAAUUUUACCUCAGGUGAUGAGACAGAGAUAAUGUGGAUGGUAAUGAUAAUCAAAGCGAGAACUCAUUUCCCAUUGUAAAGUUGUAAUUCUUUAAAAUUUGGAAGUAAUGUUGUUUUUCCAUGAAAUAGCACGUGAAAUUGCUACAACUUUACUUCUGCUUGAUAUGUGCAAAUAAGACACCAAUUUCAGCAGAUGAAUGUCUGCAGGUUUCAGAGCUACACAUAGUAGAAAAUGUCAAAAUCUAACCAUGUGUAAGGUUUUCCCAGGCCACCAUACAUACUUCACACCCUGUUCUAUGCUUCUGUUCUAUCCUUCGUCACCCCAUGUCUACAUGAUCAUCACAAGUCAGGGUUUAAGUGCUGAGGAAUUUCACUAUUCAGUAGAUGAGCCUUCAGAUCAAGUCUAUUCACCUUGACUAGCUACUACCAGACAUUUAAAAUAAGCUAACAAAAUGUUCAGGGCAGCAAAUGGGCUAACUGUGACUCAACAAAUUAUAGCUAAAAGGUAGGUACAGCGGAUAAAGUGGCAACUCAUGAAGAUCAUCAGUCACCCAGGUCAUGUUGGGGCACUGUUUCAAUCUUGAAAGUUUCAGCACUUACCUGGGGCUUCAACAGAUCCACUGAAUAGUGGCAAGUUUCCCACUGUUUAAGCACAAACUAUGAGUGAGACUCAUACUCAUCAUGAGACUCACGUGACACCCGGAUCCAGAGCUAACUAUUGGCAUGAAGCCAUGAAUGGCAUGUCAGGAUGGUGUUAUAAAUAUAUGAUGGGUACUGAUUGUUCAACAAUGGUCUAUUUUACUCUUUUGCUUCUAACCCAGUUGUGUUUUCUGGCCUGGAUGUGUAUGUGGCUGUCCCCAGAAGACCUACUUCAUUAAUUAAUGUAAUCUGCAAUCUGCACUCUUCACUCAGAUAAGUGGAGAAACAUUACCAUGAUUGAAGCUACUACUACUAUGAGCCAUGUGUGUGCUCAAAAACAAGCUAAUGAUAAUCAGAAAUGAUUUCAUAAUUCAGCUUGUUGAGAUGACUGUAUAGCAUAAAUUAUGAACAGCCCAUCACUGCAGGCACAUUUGAUAGAAAUGUCUCAGAGCUCUGAUGCAAACACUGCCACACACUCCGAAAGCUUCCUUCACAGGAGUGUGUUCGGUCACCCUCAUUUUAUAACCACUAUCUGUUAGUCCUGCUCUGAAUCACCUAGUUAUUAAAUCAGACACCUAUUGCUCGACCAGGGCUGCACAAUAAAUCAUAUUGUAAUCAGGAUCAUGAUUUGUCAUUUAUGUAAGAAUUAAACAGGGAUAUUGAUGAGGAAGUUAAUUAAUUGGCUUCAUGGCUGCAUUGCGAAACCUAAUUACAGUAGUUUUUUUUUUUUAUUAUUAUGCUGAUGUGUUAAAUCAUAAGCUCCAUAUUCAUAUAGUUGUACCAGGGAUGCUUUUUUUUUUUUUUUCCAGACCAAGUAUGAGUACAUAUUUUUUUUAUGGUACUCAUUGAAAAAAAUCCAUUUUAUUCAGCUAUUUAUGUAGGUAGUUUGAUGUUUAAACAGCAUCUUUAAUAAAGAUCUCGAGGGCGGCCAACCUGAGCAUGCAGAGCAGUAUCAGAGAGUGUGGUCCUUAAAAAUGAGUGUAAAUUGCUGCAAGCAAAGUGUAGACCCUGACGAGCACUCUGCACACACAGUACUACUCUGUCCGGUAGCAGUACUCACAGAACUGAAGUGGUUUUAUUUCUCUGCUCUCUCACUUCACUGCUCCACGCCCGCGAAUACCUUUGUGUGUGUGCAAUUCACUGCACCUCGAGCUCAUUUUUAAUGACCACACACGCUUAGAACUGAGUUUGUUCCUUAAUCAUUAUGCAUCUGAAAUGGGAAAUUUGUUCUUAGUGGAUCUUUACAUAAAGGAAAUCUAGUAUACAUACAAACACACACUCAUCCACACACACUCACCCACACACACACGCACACUCACACUCACACACACACACCUUCGAUUAGAGACUCCUGGCUGUAUUUUGACUCCUUUUGUGAUAAGUGGAAAAGUGGAACUACUCUGCAAAGUUCCUGAACCCCUUUUUCCAUCCUCUCCAUGGCUGAAGAUAGUGCUGUCAGAGUGAAAGCUGUGGAAUCUUUCUUGUGAACUAAAUCCUGGUCAUAAUUACAUAAGUCAGUUCCUGCUUUGGAUCAAAGUGUGAUUGUUACCUUCUUUCUUAAUGAGAUGUGAGACAACAAGUCACUGUUUGGUCAACCUUCUGAUUGAGAACUAAAUAGUAACAUAUUUUACAUGUACACGUUGUCAUUGACACUUGUUGGACUCAAUAGCACCUUUUAGUGUCCUAUAGUGUCGAAUACAGUUAUGCAGGGUAACACUACAACACUACCUGUAGAGCAAACUAUGUAAUGUAAUCUUUUCUGUAUCUUUAGCAUAUGUGUGAUUAGCAUGGGCAAGAAUUUGAUGGAAGUCUAAGGGCAGUUGAUGACUUUCUAUCAGUAAGGACUUGUGCUUUUGUGCAGUCUUGCAGGCUUCAGUCAAAGGUAUUUGUAAUUUAAGCUCUAAAUCAGUGUAAUCAAUCCCAGCCCAUUCCUGACCAGGAUAAAGAGCUUACUGAAGAUGACAAUGUUUUCCAUUGGUUUCUCAGGACAGGGAAGUUUUCUUGCCUGUGAUAAUUACACUUGAACCACAGCGUGGUUGUCUUAUUGAUUCCGAUUGGUCAGUAGGUGUUGAUUAGUUUUCUAUAACAGCAGCUCUGACAGUAGCUCUGGCUGCAAGGCAAAUCAUAGGUUUAUAUUAAUGCACUCAUUCUAAUACACUGUCAUUUCUAUGAUAACUUAUACAGGGACUUGUAUGGCAGAUGAGCUACAUAAACAAAUUUAAAACAUGUGUAAUCACUGAUAUAGUGAAGUUUUCAGUCAGGAGAUGUUUACUUAACAUUUAUGGAAUCAGUCUCCAGUGUCACCGCUUUGUAAAUGUUCGAGGAUGAGCUGCAUUUUUGUCAUUAACUUCAAGCGAGAGAAAAAAAGAGAAGCUGGUGAGGGAACAUAACAUACGUGCUAUAACAGGAACUAACUAGAUUGGCAGACAUUCAGCAACAAACACAUAAAAACUAAAAAAAAAAAAACGGAUACAAAUUGCUGCAGUAUAUGAGAAAAAAAAAACACACUUUGGGACAUGCUGUUUUCAGAAAAUCAACUUCAGGGUGGUCACAGGUACAAUACUUCCUUGAUUAUUUUCCUAUAACAGCAUAUCCUGAAGUGUUUUAUCCCUCACUUAUGCUACAGAUACAGCGGAUAGAGAUUAUGUUGACAACACUGUGGUUUUGCUUUAAGGUAGCGUGUAGUUGCCCUGAAAGUCUCUCUAGGCUCAGAGUUAAACACGUUUUCUAAACUUCGAACCCUGCAAAUGUAAAUGUAGUCACUGGAUUAACAGCAUGUUUUUAAAAGUCCCUUUGUCACCUUUGUCAUAUUAGACCACCUUUCUGAACUCAGUGCACAUACACCUGUCUGUCACAUACAGGAACAGUUUUGUCCUCUAUGGUGACCUUUCUUCCCCAAACUACAGGAAACAAGCAAACCCCCCAAAAAAAAGGAAACAGAAAAAAAUCAGUGUACAGUAAUGCAUUCAUUUCUAUGUAGUGUUUGUACUGACAUUAAAAUGCAAUCUGAUGUUUGAGAGAAUGUCAUUGAGGUGGUCGUCAUUUCUCUGUGCUGUUGCUGCGUUCACUGUCUGUGGUUUUUCAGAGACACUCUUUUCCCAAGACGAUGGAUGAAAUGUCCUUUGUAAACAGAUUCUGUCUUUGUAUGUAUACAUGUGCAUCUUGGUUCAUCUGCAUAAACCCUGCUGAUGUGUGUCACAUUUUCUUACAGACACACACACACACUUCAUUGGGGAUAUCUGUGUGUAAGAGAGAGAGGCAGAAGAAGAGAAAAUGACACAUCAUGCAGUAUAAGAGCAUGUGGAUGCUUAGCUGUGUUUGUGAACUAGUCCAUUGACUGUUACAGGUUACAUUUUGUGUGUGUGGCAUCCAGGAAGAGAUAAAGAAAUCAAUAGAGCUGAAAGAAUAUUUUUAUUCUGUUUUUUAAUGUAUAUCCAGUUGAGAUUCGCUCCCUCUCUUGGUGGUCAGUGCCACACUUUUUCUGUCCAUAAAUAAAGAUUUGUUUUGGGAAAAGGUUGAUUUGUGCUUCUGGUUUAUUAUUAUUAUUAUUAUUAUUAUUA